AUGGGAGUUGGAGGCUUGUGGUCACUUCUCAGUCCUGUGGGAAAAGAAAUGAGCCUGGAAUUCUGCAAGGGAAAGAAACUUGCGGUGGAUCUGAGUGCGUGGAUCGUGCAGUGUUCUGUAGUGGCCACAUCAAAGCCGAUCCCCGCUUCCUAUCUCUGUUGCAGGGGAAUCUUCAUGCGAACUUUGAACCUUCUCUCGCUGGGUGUCUCUCUGGUAUUUGUUAUUGAUGGGCCCAAUCCACCGGCUGUGAAAAGGAGAACUAAAAGCAGAGAUGACUUUUAUCGUACAGCUUUAGAGUAUAAAGUAUUGCUGACAGCUCUGGGCCUUCCUGUCAUCGAGUGUGAUGGUGAAGCAGAGAAGUUGUGUGCAGAGCUUAAUCUCAGGAAGUUAGUUGAUGGAGUUAUCACUAAUGAUGGAGAUGCUUUGAUCUAUGGAGCUGAGACUGUAUACAAAGGUCUAUUACAGGAUAAGAAGGUAGACCACAUUGCUAUGGUGUACCACAUGGAGGAUGUCAGAACCAGCCUGAACCUCAGCCGCAGAGAUCUUGUAGCGUUUGCCUUACUGAGUGCUGGUGACUUUUCUCUAGGGGUUCCUAACAUCAGAGAAAAGAAGUUCAUAGAACUUAUGAAGGAAUUCAAAAUCAACAACAUUGAAGAUGCGUUACACCGGUUUAUGACAUGGUCAGCUAACACUGAACUGGACUGUUUAGACCAAAAGAUGAAGUCACUGGCUGACAUGAAAACCAGACACUGCACCAAGUGUCUGCAUGAAGGGACAAAACAAGAACACGUCCAUUCUGGCUGUCAGGUUUGUCAAGUGGAUUCUGAGUGCAGGCAAGGAGACUCCCCAGAUCAUCCACCUUGCCUGUGUGAGUACCAUCUAGCGGAGGAGUCUGUCAAGACUUAUAAGAUGGAGCUCAAGAUUCGUGAAUUAGCUUUGAAAAGUGACCCAGGCUUUCCAGACAGAGCAGUUAUACAAGAAUAUCUGCAGCCCUUGCCUCAGAUGUUGGAUGAUGUAGAUCUCUGUGUGCGUGUGCCAGACUUCCCAGCAGUGUGUAGUUUUAUACAGGAGCGUCUGCAUUACUCUUUCCAGCACACUAUGUCCUAUCUGGUACCUGCCACCAUCAAAAUGGCUAUCCAUGGUGUGUUACCAGACCUGGCUGUCACCCCACGCUGUAUUAUCAAAACCUGCAAAGUCAACUUUGAACAGUGCUUUUUGGUCAGAUGGAAGAAAUUAGAUGAAGAUGAAUUGUCAGAUGAAAGCAGUUAUGCUUUUCAUCUCUCCCAGACUCUGUUUGCCUCCAAGUACCCGGACAUGGUUGAAGAUUUUAUGGGUGCAACAAGAUGUAAAAAUCAGGCUGAGGAAGGCAGCAGAAGAACAUUCUUGCAAACUGUUCACGAUGACAUAAAAGAUAACAAAGGUUAA